CGGCCUCGGCGCCUGCCAGCGCUGACAGAGGGUGCAGAGCAGGGCUGAGCCCUCCACAGGAGUGACCUGCUGAGGCCAGGAGCACAGAUCAGGACCAGAUGAGCAGAGGGAGGUUUCUGUGAAGAUCACAGUCGGCCCAGCCCUGCCCCGGGAAGUGGCCGUGCCUCCGGCUGUCACCACUGUGGGCCUGGAAGAGACACGAGAGAAGGAAAAUGUCCCACGCUUUAAAGCAAGUGUUCAAUAAAGACAAAACCUUCCGGCCGAAGCGCAAGUUCGAGCCGGGCACUCAGCGGUUUGAGCUGCACAAGAAGGCCCAGGCCUCGCUGAAUGCCGGCCUGGACUUGAAGGUGGCCGUGCAGCUGCCGCCGGGCGAGGAGCAGAACGACUGGGUGGCCGUGCACGUCGUGGACUUCUUCAACCGCAUCAACCUCAUCUACGGCACCAUCAGUGACUAUUGCACGGAGCAGUCCUGCCCCGUCAUGUCGGGGGGCCCCAAGUACGAGUACCGGUGGCAGGACGAGCACAAGUACCGCAAACCCACGGCCCUGUCCGCGCCCCAGUACAUGAACCUGCUCAUGGACUGGAUCGAGGUGCAGAUCAACAAUGAGGACAUCUUCCCCACCAACGUCGGUACUCCCUUCCCCAAGAAUUUCCUGCCAGUGGUGAAGAAGAUUCUCUCCAGGCUCUUCCGAGUGUUUGUCCACGUCUACAUCCACCACUUUGACAGGAUCACCCAGAUGGGCUCGGAGGCCCACGUGAACACCUGCUACAAGCACUUUUACUACUUUGUGAAAGAGUUCAAUCUCAUAGACACCAAGGAGCUGGAGCCCCUGAAGGAAAUGACAUCCCGGAUGUGCCACUGAGCUCAGAUCUUCCUGCUCCCACCUCGGCACCUCUUCUGAGGACUCCAGGCCCCAAUCCCAUAUUGGAGACGUGAUUCAAGGGGAGAACAGAGACGUUUUGUUUAAGAAAUUAUAUAUUUUUAAUGAGUUUCAAUGUAAAACUGUGAUACUGCAGGAAUAUUUUUUUAAAGAUGCUCUAGAUUAACUAAUUUUUUAUAGUAAUUUCUAUAAAAAAGAAAGAAAAUAUUUGUGGGCCACUUGAUGGGAAUGUUGGCUCUCGGAGUGAGGAGGAGCUGCCUGAGCUGGCUCCUCCAUGUGCCCUGAGUGAGCUGAGCCAGACACUUCAGACAGAGCUGUGUCGUGGGGCUGGUGCUGCCAUGGAAGCGGUACCUCCCUUGGGAUACACAUUUCCCACCCCUGAAGGCAGGGUACAGGACUGGUGUACGUGGAUCCUCCAGCUGUGGAUCCCCCAGCACCUCUUCCACUGGCUGUGAGUCCAGGUUUGGGGCAGAGCUGCUCUGUGCCCACUGUCCCCAAGGCCUGGCUCUUGUGGGCUCCCUCUGAGAGAGCUGGGACUGGCCUUCAUCCCAUGGCUGCUGCAGUUGGAGCCAGUGCUCUUGGAGUGGAAAUCUGCCCUCGUGUGUCAGCCCGGCUCUGAGCUCUUCACACACAGCCUGGCCGUGGCUUAGCACUGUCCCCAUGGGGACACAGAUCCACGCUGGCAGCUCCACAUGGGAGCCACCAGUGGGAAGGUGCUGGGACAGGCAUCAGGAAUUCUUCUCCAUCCCCUCCCUCCCUGCCCCUCGUGGUACGCUGACCCUGCCGGGACCACAUCCCGCUUCCCGUUGGGAUACAGAGCCUUCUCCCUGUUCCCCAGCAUCACCACCCCACCCAGCUGUGCACAUCUGGGACCAAAAUCUCUGG